UCGAAUUUGCACGAGACGCACAUAACGGCGAGCAGAAGAUCGGGACAUGGAGGUGUACUUGCGUGGGGCGCCAGGAUGGCGACAUGUGCCCCCGGUUCUUGAACACAUCGCGGCUUGUCGGGCGUCGUUGCUGGAGGACUUGGUCGCACAAGCCUGUGACAGGCAAUCCACUGCUGAUCUCGUCCAAACCAUCGAGCGAGCCGUCAGCAUUACCCCUUCGUUCGACCUUUCCGACACGCACAUCCAAAAUGCUGCAGCUGGACUUGUCUAUAUUGCCAGGGGAUUGGCAUUGCAAAAUCUUUCGUACCCGUCAACGUCUCCACCUGACUCAAGUGCUGCCGCCGUCGAAACAGCAGGAUGGGAAGCCACCCUAGACCAACUCGAAAGUGCGAUGGGCAACAUUCCCCAUCGCCAAGUCAUUGCAAUGGCGUUCUUGAAGCGAUGGAAGCGCCAGUUGAAACCACUACCCUCGUCCGCACUUCCCAGAAGCAAACUGGUGUCACCACCGACUUGGGCGACCCUCGUCAAGAUGGAUUGCAAGCUCCGCGUCGCGGUGGCAAAGCCAUCCGCCCAUGGCGCCGUCCCCGAUCCACAGGCGUGUGUUCGUAUCAAGUGGGAAGUCGCGGCCUCAUCGAGCGACGGCAAUCCGACCGCCCACGUCGUCGACUUGACUGUGGCUGAGUUUCAGGACUUGUAUGCAUCGUGGCAAGCGCUAGCCGUGGCAGUCGGAGAAUACCCGUAGGCGUCGAAAGCGUAUUCCUCAAUGGAACCAAAAACGCUGUCUCUAGUCGAA